CAUUUCUCUUAUUUUAUUCAUUAUAAAAUCAAGUAAAACAAAGUCAAAGGAUGACCAUUGUUGAGACAUUCUCCCCACUCAAACAUUCCAAAUUUAAACCCUUCUCCACUCUGUUUUCUCAUUAAUCCAAAAAACUCAUGAAAGAACAACUUUCUCCUUAGACCUUUCUAUCUCUCCAUUUCAAAAAACAUCUAUAUGAAAGUAUAGAAAGAAAGAAAGAAUAAUGUUGGGGAAGAAGAUAGUGAGUUUCAAAAAACUAGCAAAGAAAGUGAAAAUCAUGGGGAGAGGAGGUGGUGAGAAAGAGGGGUCGUCAUCAUCAUCAUCAUCAUCAUCAUCACCAUUUUCAUUAUCAUCAGAGUAUCAUGAGAGUUUGCUUAGAGAAUUUGAAGAAGAAGAAGAAGAAGAUGAAAUCCCAACUGGGUUUUUGGCUGUUUAUGUUGGAGAAGAGAGGCAAAGGUUUGUGGUUCCCACAACCUUUCUAUCUCACCCUCUCUUCAAGAUGCUGUUAGAGAAGGCCUAUGAGGAGUUUGGUUUUCAGCAAAGGAAUGGGCUUGUUGUUCCUUGCAGUGUCUCUUCUUUUCGAGAUGUUGUUAAUGCUGUCCAAUGUAGUAAUGGUAUGUUUGAUUUUGGCAAACUUGUUGAGGAGCUUCUUUAAUUAGUAUUGUAUGGAUUAAUUUCUCUUAUGUUUAAAUGGGAUUGUGUGUAUAUAGGAUAGAGCCUUUAUGAGUG